UAGCUUUAAAUAACAACUUAGUGUAGCUUUCAUUACGAUAAUAUUGCUUUCCUCAACAGUCUGUUUUGCUUUCUCUUAGACUAAACCAAAAUGACUAAGUUAAACUGCGUUAAUCUUGACAAGUUUAUGGAGGAAUUUACUCGACUAGAACAGAAAAUUGCAGAGGUUAAUGGCAAAAACAGCGUGUUGGAAACCAUGAUGGAUGAUGCCAGUAGACUCGUGAAAUUUUAUUUGACCAAGGAGAAAUGUCUGAUUGAAGAGCGAGACAGCCUUCUUGUCACACUAAACAGACUGCAGCAGACUGUGCAGGAGCAGUGCAACCUCAGAGUGGAGAAUGAGAGACUAAAGAACGAGAUGACGGACCUGAGACGACAGAACGAGCAAACAGCAGAGGAUGGAGAGGCUGAGGUUCAGCGGCUGCUCGGUGAAAUGAAAGCAGAAGAAGAGAGACACAAGAGGGAGCUAGAGACUGUGAGGCAGCAGUGGUGGGCAGAGGUGGAGGACACUCACAGGGAAGGAUUAAACCAUUUGGAAGCUAAAGACGCUGAAGUGAAGAAGCUGCUAGAGGAAAAAGAUCUGGAGCUGGAGGAGAUGAAGAAGAGGCUGAAGGAUCAGGAAAGGGAGAGGCAGAGUGAGCUUCUCAGGUUGCAGAUGGAGUUUGGUGCAAAGUUAGCCCGAGUUCAGAGUGCAGCUCAACUGAGCCAACAGCAGCAGCAGCAACAACAUGCCUCAAACCUUCUUCCUCAGAGUGUCUUCAAGAGGAAGCUGCAGUUCGUCCAGGAGGAAAAAAACAAGGAGAUUGCGGCUUUGCGUCAGAGAAUCAAAGAGCUGGAAGAGAACCAGCGUGCAGGCAUUCUCAGUGAGGGUCGUCUGAAGAGGAGAAAGAUCUAGUUUGUUAGAGGCUAACAGUGCUAACAAGCUGCUGACCCUCCAGUUCUGCAGGUGCAUGAAUGUCCUUCCCAAGGGGCAGAAGUUGAAGUGCUGUGAAAUGUCCAGAAUCUUUUUCAGUUUCAUUUCGAAGCAAAAUUUUAUUCUUCGGACUUUUUUUUUAACUUAUUUUGCUUACAAUGUUGUUUCAUUUGUUUACCCUAUACUGCUUCUUGUGCACUGUCACAGGUGACUAGAUUUGCUGUAUCACCUCCAUGCUUGUGGGCGACUACUGUGCACUAAGUACAUUUAAACAGGCCAUAUUCCUGUAUAAGACUUAAAUCCAAUCAGAUUCCUGCAAAGAACCUUCUGUGUUCCAGCAUUUCCUAUUG